ACCAGCCAACCAACCAGCACCUCAAGUCAGCACCCUACGAGACUCCACGCAGGUCAUGCACAUGCAAGCACGGCACAGCUGGAGGGCCAAGGAGGUAGUGGUAGCGGCCUUGCUGUUGCUCGUGAUCUUCGCCGACACCAGCAAAGCAGACCAGGGACAAGACCCGAACAACGCCUCCAUCUAUGUGAACGACGACGGCCACAUGGUGCUGGAAGACAGCGACGCUCGCGUGUCCCUGAAAGACUUGCUGGCAGAGCUGCAGCGGCUGGGGCAAACGGUGUCCACGAUGCAGACUGGCAACGCCGAGCGCGAGGAGGAAACAGCGCAGUUGCAGCUUGAAGCGGCGCAGUUACGUAAGGCCGUUUCCACGCUUGACACUCAAAGCGCAGAGCUAAACAGGACCGGGUCAGCACUGACCUCUCAAGCGGCAGAGCUGGAAGCAGAGGUGCUGCAGCUUCGUGCAGAGACGUCACUGCUCCGAACGGAAAACGCUCAGCUGCAGAUGACGGCUUCCGUUGCCUUCACCCACAUCACGGCCAUCACGGAUGCUGGCUCGUACAAUGUGAGCCUCUCGUUCGCCAACAGGACCGCGUUGCUGCCACCUUCUGUGCCAGUUUACGUGGAGGCUGGGGGUGCUGGUGGAGGUGGUGGUGGCCGCUGCUCAAGCUCAAACGGGCAAACAGCGUGGCUCGCCGCAAGUGGUGGAGGCGGCGGAACGAACCCUGUCACGAAUGGCCCCGGUGUUUUACACGGGCGUGGAGACAUUGGGCCAGUUGUAAUGCUCGGACGUGGAGCUGAUGGAGGCUAUCCUGGCGUCGCCAACUCAAACGCUGGGCUCCCCGGCGGAAAUGGCGGAUAUGCAGCUGGUGUAUUUCGCGUGGAUGUCACACCCACACAGAACACACAGCUCAACGCUGUGGUUGGGAGAGGUGGCACUGGAGCAACCAGCACCUGCGAUGCGCAUGGCCGCGACGGCGCUGACGGCUUUGUCAUCUUCCACCUCCCUGAAGCCAUUAACAUCACUGUGAUCCGCACCGCGUGA